AUGAUUGGCCUGACAAAAUACUUCCUUUUUCUAUCGGAGAAUGAGAACAAAUUAAAUGUGCAUGGUAUGAAAAUCCCCCAAAUAAUUAAGUUGUUGAAUAAGAAUAAAGAUAUAAAACAAGUUGACUUAGAUAACAUACAUAUACAAAUUAUCAAUAACAUAAAUUACAUUAACCCACAAAAGAUUACAAAUAAUAUAGUAUGUAAUAAUUCCAGAGGAAAAGAAGACUUGAAAUCAUUAAAAAAAAAGAUAUAUUUUAAUCAUUUAUUACUCAGUGAAAUAGUAAAUAGGAAUAACAGUUUCCCAUUGUACGAGAGUAAAGAGUGUACAAGUACCAACAAUACAGAAGAUGGGACUGUAAAAUUUCAUGAACAUGUUAGCAGUCAAAAGGUAGUAUACGGUAGAAAGAAAUGGAAAAUGGUCAAAAGCAUAGGGGAUAAAAGUAGUCAUCCAAGUAGUUGUAGUGAAAGUUAUAAUCAUAGUUAUACCGAAACGUGUAAUGCUUAUAGUGAUGGAAAAAAAAAGGCAUUUCUAAAAUCAGCGUCCAGUGUACAAAACGACUUUAAUUUUGAAGAGGAGAAAACAAAUAAGGAAAUUUUUAAAACGUUCGAAUUAACAAAAAAUUAUACAAGUUUCGUGUUAGAUAAUAUACUAAGGCACAUAUGUACAUAUUUAUAUAAUUAUAAAAUAUUAAACAAAAUAAAUACAGAGGAAAAAAAUGGGAACGAAUUUGUUUCAGUAUUAUUAAUAUCAAAUGUAUUUCAUCAUUUUUUUAAGUUAAAAUUUGGAUACACAUAUAUCGUACAUUUUUUAAAUGGUUUAAGUUUAUACAGGAUUAAAAAAGACAUAAAUGUUUUUACCCUUAAUUUCGAGUUAAUAGAUCAUUAUGUAACAGAAACGACGGAGGGAAAGAACAACACUAUUUUGGAAAAAGAAUAUGAUGUGUCUUACAUUAUAGACUACCUAAGCACGUACACAAAAGGAGAUGAGUACUGCAGCACUGAUAAUAAUAGUAACUAUGGGAGUAGUAACAAUAGGAACCAAAGUGAGAGAAAUAAAAGUAGUGCUACUACAGGCGAGCCUAAUUUGAAUGUUUACAGAUUUGAAGAAGAAAGCAAAAAAACAAUUUAUUUCGUUAACUUAAAAGAGAAUGUACUACUAAGCUAUAAUAUAAAUGAUUCAUAUUUAAAUAAUUUUUUAAAAAUAAUAGCAAAUAAAUACAAUGUCGAAAAAAUAAGUUUUAGUAACUACUGUUUGGUAUUACAUAUGUACAGCAUGUCCAAUCAUUUUGUGGUUAAUCUUUUUGACUCCCUUCCACUUUUAUUUUUGAAAAAUAAAACAUGUACUAAUAUUAACACAUUUAUAAUUUUACUAAAUUCUUGUAUAUUUUUUUUAAAAGGGAAGUCUUUUAUAAAUACAUUUCACUCCUUUCGUGUUUAUUUUCAUUCCAAUGAAUGUAACAUAUUAAUUCAGCACAAAUCCCAUAUCCAUGUUUUAAAGGAAAAGAUAUAUUCUCUAAUUGAACAAAUAAUAAAUUAUUUCUUACUAAAUAAGGAAAUAAUGAAUAAUAAUCAUUUAUUACAAAUAUUGGAAAUAUUGUCUUUUAUAAAAUAUAAUAAAAUUUUGUUUUCUUAUAUUUUCAACAAAAUAAAUAAUAGUCUUUGCUUAUUGGACAAAUACCAAAUUUUUUAUUUUAUUAAUUCUUUAUCCAAUUAUUCUAUAAUUAAUAACGAUGCAAAAAAUAAUAUAUAUGUACAUACACUUAAAAAUAUUGAUCAAUAUUCCAACACAGAAGUAAAAGAGCUAGAAGAAUAUUUGCGAGUGAAAUACUGA